UUGUAGGUAAGCCUUCCAGCUGUGCUGAUCUUAAGCGCCUGUUUGGAUUCUCAAUGGAUAAGACGUACACAAUCAUGCUUCAGGGAAAUGAACUUGAGAUAUAUUGUCAUCAAAUGGACUCUUCAAAUCCCAAAGAGUUUCUGUCUUUAAAAAAUGAACGAGAAAACUAUUCCGAAAUUUAUCCAAAGAGGCUACUAAACCCUUAUGACUGUCCUAACAAAGGAAGACGAGAUGACAACUGCAGAUGUACCUUACAGGGUCAUGAUGACGCAGGGUACACAUCAUUCAACAAAAUUAGAUUUAAUGUCACAACUAUGGAAGUUAUAGUUGAUGAUGCAACAUUCUCCAGCACAAAGGAAGGACACUUUGUGCCGUUUGGGACAGCAGGUGAUUGCUAUAGUGCAAAGAAAUGCCUACAAGGGCAAUUUCGUAUGAAUUUUGAUGGAACAGGGUUAGAAUUAGCACAAACUGCUAGCUGGACUACCAAGGGAAAUUUAGCAACUUUUUCAAUAGACAGGGAUUUUAAAACAAUACGUGGGUCCUGCGGUGGGUUUUGUGGCAAAUGCGUACCUAUCAGUUUAAAGUUAUCAUUUAUAUCAUGACAUGGGGCUCCUAUGUAUUUAGGUUGAAUUUCCUUUAAAAGAAGUUAUGUAUGAAGAUAUAUAUCAUCUUGGUACAAAUUGUCCAAGUUCAUGGGGCUGCACAUGUACAGUGAAUUCUUGUAAAUUGUGUAUAUUUUUACAUUUAACAAAUAAAGAUUUAUUUUUGUUAUCUCAAAAAGGUUAGCUUGUAGGGUGAAUGGCAUUGCCAUUGAUACUACUCCUGUUUUCAGUACUUUUAUUUCUCUUAUUUAACUUUCUUUUCAAUUUUUUUUACAAUGGAGAAACUUUUAAACAAAAUUAUUAAAAAUUAUGUUCCAAAUACAUAUUCAACAGAGUUAAACAAUAGCUUAAUGAAAAGUUUUGUUUAAUUUUCUUGUAAAAUUAAUGUUUAUAAAAAUCUGUCUUAUUCUUAGGAAUAAACAUAGUAUUUCUUUAAUUUACCUAAAAUAUCUAUACUAAAGGGUAUUCAUGAUAUUUAAUUAUUUGUUACAUGUAUGAUUACAGAAUGUGAUCAAAUGAAAAUAUUACGUAUAUAUAAUAUAUUAUUAUAUUAUAAUGCAUACAUUAUAAUUUUGAUAGGAAGGGUAAACCUAUUUCAUUUAUUUUAUUUAUAAAUGAAAGAGGUUACUCUUUCUUUUACUAUUCCUUUGUUCUUUUAUAGAAGGGGUAACUCUAUUAGUUAAAUUAUUUACAUUUUUGGUAGAAGCGGUAGGCAUACUGUAUUUGUUUUGAUAGAAUGGUAAACAUAUCUGUUUACUUUUUUUUAAAUAAAAGCUGUAAACUUAUUUUUGUACUAUUUCUUUAUAUAUUAAUAGAAAUAGUAGCCUCAUUUGUUUACUAUAUAAGUUUGUGUUUAAUAGAAGUUGUUUCCCCUUUUGAAGGUGCUUUAUAACAAUCUUGUUAACAUUUUACAUAGUCUCUCAACAGUCUAAUCCUUGUGUAUGGGGAAAACUUACUUUAAAAGAUGAAGGUGAUGAUGAUGAUGCAUGUAUCUACUUUAUUUUAUGCAUUUAUUUGAAGGAUAAACUUGGGUGCAAUUUUUAAAUUUGUUAAGAUAAAAUUUGCCAACUAAUUUUAGUAUUUAAUGAUGAAUAGUUAUUGUUUUAUUUGUGAUUUUAUUCAAGUGAGGGAAAUGUGGAGUGGAGUAGAAUAGCUUAGUAGUUAAGGUGCUUGCUUCCCAAUUCCAGGGUUCUAGGGUCAGUUCCUGUGACAACAGGAUUUUUUAUUUGGACUAAAAAAACAACUCUUUAAGGCUCAUUAUGAGACUGAUUUAAGAAGGAUAACUGAGUCCUGUGGAGACCAGUAUUAAGGCUCAUUAUGAGACUGAUUUAAGAAGGAUAACUGAGUCCUGUGGAGACCAGUAUUAGUCUACUAAACAGGUUACCUAGAAGGUAAAUUUAAUUCUAUCAUCAUUGUGUACAGGACACAUGAUGUACAGUAACCAUUGUAUAUAUUUUUAAAUUCUGGGAUUCUAUUUUAAACUAGUAACAUAUUUUGUUUAAACUAUGUUUGACCAAUGUAAUAAUCCUUCACCAUUUUAGGAAUAAAUGUAAGAAGUUACCAAUUUUAGAAAUCAAAAUAAUCUCAAAAGUUAUGCACAGUAUGUAUGCAUAUGCUGCUAAAAUGUAAGUUAUUUAUUUUUAUAUUGUAUUAUAAUAAAAGGGAGUGCUAGGAUUUCACUUCUAUGGGAUUACAAAUUAGUAUUAUCUAUAUUGCUACUAAAAUAUUAUUAUUAUUAUUAUUAUUACUAUUAUUGUUAGUACUGCUGUUGUUAUGUUAUAAUGUUAAAAUAGAACAGGGUUUGUAAUGUUUCUGAACACAUUGAGAGUACAAGUUUUAUGGUGCUAAAUGAGCUGUUUUCAAGCUAUGCAAUUAAAUCUUAAGUUAUUUUAUUUUGUAUUUUAAAGAAAAAACAACAUUGAUAUUUUGUUGACCGGUGCAUAUGCAAUGUUUUAUAAAUAAAUAUAUGCAGCCACAAAUUAUUAUGAGAAUAUCGUAACAUGUUGUAGACCAUUAGUAAUCAAAACUGUUCUGAGUUAAUCUUCCAUUACUCAGUACCACAAUAUGGUGCUUCGUUGAACCUCCUGUUGUUUGCACACUACCGUAACAUAGUUUGGGCAUUUUGAGUCUUGGAUUGUAGAUGAUAUCAUACCUCAACAUAGUCUUUCCGAAAUCACCAACAAACAUUGUGUCUGUGCACAAUUGUAUUCUAGAUUGACUCUAUAUUUUAUGUAUUUUGAUAU